AUGUGCUUUGGUGCAACCUGCCCAAGUUGCUCAAAGAAGUCAUGGCGUGGGUGUGGUAGCCAUGUUCAGCAAGUGUUCAAUCAAGUGCCCGAGUCGCAGUGGUGCACAUGUACUCCGAGAACCAAGAUUGGUGAUAAAGAAUACCCCCCGGCGGCCGCGAUGCAGAUUCCAGGUUUGAGCUGGAUCUCGGGUAUGCUUGGAGGAGGCUCUCGUCAAGACGGCAGCAAGGACAAGAAAGAGGACUUGUAG